GCAACACACAUUAGUACACGGACCCACAUGUCAUUCAGACAAAGUGAGGCUUUAGGAGGCUUGCUAAAAAAAUUACAAAGUGUCCAUUGGCUUGGCAAAUACUCCCUCAGUCCGGAAAAAGCUGUCACCGCGUAUAUUUUGCAAAUACGUCCUUUGUCUUUUCCCGACAUAACCCGCAGUGCGUUCUUUCCCUUUCUGUGACCACGCUCGCUCGCCCACUCGCCGGCGAUGCCUCGCAGCUUCCCCAUGCCGCGCCGCCGCAUUGCCUCGCCAACGCGCAGCUCCCCCGUGCACUUCCCUCCUCACUUCCGCCGCGCUGCAGCUCCCCCGCACACUUCCUCCCCCCUUCCGUCGGGCCGCGGCUCCACCGGGAAGGUCAACUGGUCAAGGAACGACUUUUCCCCUUCCUUGAGUCCCUCGCCGUCGCCUUCCUUGAGUCCCUCGUCAUCGCCAUGGCGAGCUCCUCCUUCCUUCUCCAUGGCGAACUCCUUCUUGCUGCCUCCUUCCUUUCAGCCAUCGAGCAGGCCAUGGUGACGGCCAAAUCCGUGCCUGCUCGUGAAGAUUGGACCUUGGUGAGUGUCGACCCCACGCCAGUCUGGACCCCUCGCCGGCCCCUACCAACCCCACGCCGGCGCCGGCCCGAACGACCUUGCUGCAGCACCAUGUCACUUGCUUUUAAACGCCUGGAAGUGUGGAAUCCCGCCAGGCGUGGCUGUGCAGCAUCGGGUUCACGCAGUUCCCCGACGACCGCGCCCUGUGGGUCGCUGAGACGCCGCUUCCGGGGAAGAAGUCUACGACAUUCGCCGCCCGCCGCCCACCUGUACAUCAGGAAGAGCUCUGUACUUGUUAUGACCGGCAGCAACACGAGAUGAGGACCUCCGGCCGGCGACGCAGCACGAGCAGGGGACAAGCGGCAAGUUGCAAAGGAGCAGCAAGUUACUGAAAAAUCAGUUUACUGCAUAAUGUUUCAACCAGAACAUGAAUUAAGAUGCAAGAAUCUUCAAGUUGAUAGCAGUCAAUGCAAAAUUACAGACUGGAUGAUCCACUGAUGCUCUAAUCUGACAUCAGUUUGGUCAUCUGCGAGCUGGGUCAAUCUAAUUUGUAGAAGCAGAGGCGGCGAGGAGGAGCUGGAUCGCCUCGACAAAGAAGAAGAAGAAGAAAUCGAGGAGGAGGACAGGUAGGCGGCGGCGGUCGCCUAUGUAGCAGGUGGGCGGCGGUGCUGCGCCUGGCGGUGGAUGUGCUAAUCAUCCUUGAUGGACGACGGUGGAGCAGCGGCGGCCUGGAUCUUGCCCAACUCCGGCACCGGAUUGGCUGGACUUGGCGGGUCGGGGAUGCGAGCAGGACGACGAGGAGGAGACACCCGUGAGCCCGUCGAGGUGUCGCCACGGAGGAGCAGGUGGGCGGCGGCGAAGCUGGCCUCUGUGCACACAAGUAAGCAGGGCGCACGUUGGCAGCUACUGUGCAGGUUGGCUGCGCCGGAGGAGUGGUGCAGGAUGAUCCCAACGGUGGCUGGGGCACACCGCCGGCGACGAGGAAGACAGUGGCUUGGGCGCGCGGUGCCGCGGACGACGGAGGUGGAAGACGGGUCGAUUAGCAAGAGAUUUAAUAGAAUAAGGGUGUUUUUGUAAAAUUGAAAAUGUACUAAGCCGAUGACAUUUUU